AUUGUACCUAAACUGUCAAACCUGAGGGAAAAGAGACAAGCAGAACACACUGCUAGCAAAUGAUCUGACAGAUCAACACCAGCAGAUGAAGAUAACCUGACUAAACAAAGCUAUAAGCUGGCAGCUGCUGCACACUGAAGAUGUCAAAGAUGUGGACGUUGAAGGUGGUCGGCCUGGGAGCAGUCGCCGUCUCUCUCAGCGUGGAACUUCUUGUCAGGCUUUUCAGUCACCUCAGGGCUAAAAGAACCAUUAACAAGGUCCUCUUCUUCCCUUCAGAAGUUGCCUGUGUGGAGCACCUCUUCAGUACCCUUUCAACUCAUUCCUGUUUGUGCCCGUUGCCUCACGGCGUCGAGACAUCUUUCUCUCGUCUCCUUCACCACCUCCUUUCUGCAUCCUCCUCCCUCAACUUGUGUGUCUUCUCCUUCUCCGAAAUGAACCUGAGUAGGGCUCUACUGCUGCUGCAUAGCAGGGGCAUAACCAUCCGAGUCCUCACUGACAAAGAUUACUCUGACAUCAACGGCUCCCAGAUAGGGGCCCUGCGUAAAGCAGGGAUCUGUGUGCGGUGUGAUCGGACAUCUGUUCACAUGCAUCACAAGUUUGCAGUGGUGGAUGAGCGGCUGCUCAUCACAGGCUCCCUCAACUGGACGCAGACAGCAGUGCAGAGGAACAAGGAGAACAUUCUCAUCACCGAGGAGCCAGAUUUGGUGCAGCCCUUCGUCAAAGAGUUCCAGCGCUUGUGGCUGAACAAUGAUCCUGCUCAGAAGCAGAAGCAGUGAUUGAAUAUUAUUUUUUCAAAGACUGAGAGUUUGUGAUGUUUCACUGUCAGAUUAACUGGGCCAAUUUGGCCUCAAAACAGGAUUGAUGUUCAUAUUAAGAAUCUGAGUUAACCUUUAGUUCAGGAGGACAAUCUCAAAACAGCUAUGUUACAAUAGAAAUUCAUUGAUAGGUUGUUAUUGUUGUCUGCUAUUUGAGUUUAUGGGACUAAUAAUUCUCCAGUAUGGGAUUUAUCAGGCACAUUGGCAUUUUAAAGUUCUGUAAAGCUCUAUUGAGGUUUUGUUAGCUGUUGGUUUUAACAAUAAAAAGUUUAACACAA